AUGAAACUUGAGCGAGAGAGCCUUACAUCAAACAUAGGCGAGCUUCAAGCUCGUAUUGAACAACUUGAAGCUACUGUGGCGCAACAAGCACAGGAAUUAGAAUCACGGCGAGCUGAGAUUGAGCAUCUCAACCAAGCUCAAGCACAAUGGGCCGAUACGUGUGCUAUAUGCUUGAUAGAUGGAGACGGCUACAUAUUUGACAAGAAACUAUUAGUGAACGGUUAUGAAGGAGGGAGAGAAGCAGCAGCGUCCUUAACGAAACAGCUCCAUCAGGACCUUGGCAAUGCAUCGACUGGUCUCUGGAUAUGUGUCUACUACAAUCAUCUGGGUCUGAAGAAAGUCCUAUCUAGAGCACAGAUAGUCUCCGAAGCUGUGUUUGACGAUUUUUGUGAUGGGUUUCGCUCGUCCUCUCAGCUCAUCCAUAUGAUGGAUGUUGGAAGGAGAAAAGAGGCCGCUGAUGAGAAGAUUAAAGAGAUGUUACGUAUGUUUACCGCAGCUCCUCAGACAAAGAUAGUAUACUUUGGAGGAGGGCAUGAUUCUGGAUAUGCAGGUGCCCUAUCUCGGUAUCAAAAUCUGGGCCUCGAAGACAAGAUCGUGAUUCUCAAAGGCUACGAUGCAAUCGCAUACGAUCUUAGGAAUCUUCCUUUUAGAAUCAUGGAUAUAGAAGGGUUAUUCAUGUCAGAAAAAGUUGAACUUGAUGCCCAGCUAGACAACCAGGCUCAAGUUUCGCAACGCACACUGGGAUAUGCAAGCAGCAACCGGACUACACUACCCGCCACGGCCUCUUAUGCAUUGGCAGCUACCUUAGGGGUACCGUUCGCGGUGAAAUCUCGUUCUCCUAGUCCUAGUCAUGUGCGACACACCUCUCGGGAUGCGGGAAAAGGCGGGCAACGCCGAAUCGAUAUAUUGAGGCCCUUGCAUAAGCAGACACCAAGUAUAUGCAAUUACUAUGUCUUAUCAUCUCGUGGAUGUCGCAAUGUACGUGCAGCACCGCAAUACAUGCGCCUUUAA